AAUGUACUUUCACUUAAGGUUUCUUAGUUACACCUAAGAAACAAAAAAAAAAAGCAAGUUGAAGAAAAAACAAUAAUUUAACUCUCUUAUCUUUCUCUUUCUUUUUCUUCUUGUUCUUGAUCCCAUCCUCAAGCAACUCUCUUUCUUCUUGUUCUUGAAUCCAAAACAAAACAAGAACAUCAAAAUUUAUUAUAUACCAUGUUGGAUCUAAAUCUUGAUAUAAUCUCUAGCGAUUCUUCUUGUGACAGCCACAACAAGAACAGAAUCAAGAACAAGAUCAAGAACAAGAACAAGAGGAAAAAUGAUGAUUAUAUGGUGAUACCAGAGUUCAAUCUUGCAGCUGGAGUUCAAUUAAUGGAGGAUGAUUCUACCGGAACGUCUCAUUCUUCUGUUAUUAUCAAUCCGGGAGACGAUAAUAAUAAUAAUAAUUAUAAUUCCUCGAAUACUAAUAAUAAUAUCAACUCCGCGUUGAUUUUUGAUGUUUUCAAGAGCGAAAAACUCGAUCAUCCUCAUCCUCAUCAAGAUUUUACAACUCAGCAGUUUUUUCCGGAGAGAUGUACUGAUAAGUUAGACUUGGAUUUGAAGUCUGGUGCUGUACCUAUGAUAAAGCCACAACAGCAACAGCAGUGGUUGAGAUUAUCACAGGUCGGGCCUGGUGGUGGCGGUGGAGGAGGCGGCGGAGAAGCGGAGUUGAAAAUUGUGCAGCAGAAACAGCAGCAAAUGAGAAAGAGUAGGAGAGGUCCUAGGUCAAGAAGCUCUCAAUAUAGAGGAGUUACUUUUUAUAGAAGAACUGGAAGAUGGGAGUCUCAUAUUUGGGAUUGUGGGAAGCAAGUAUAUUUAGGUGGAUUUGACACUGCACUUUUUGCAGCUAGAGCAUAUGAUAGAGCUGCUAUUAAAUUCAGAGGAGUUGAUGCUGAUAUCAAUUUUACUUUAAGUGAUUAUGAAGAAGACAUGAAGCAGAUGAAAAAUCUGAAUAAAGAAGAAUUUGUUCAAAUCCUUCGUCGCCAGAGCACCGGAUUUGCUCGAGGCUCGAAAUACAAAGGCGCAACACUGCAAAAAUGUGGCAAAUUAGAAGCUAAAAUGGGGCAAUUUCAUGGAAAGAAGGCUUAUGAUAUGACAUCCAUUAAAUGCAAUGCAAAUGAUUAUGAAAGGGGCAUGAUUUUUGAUCCAAAUUGUGCAGCUGGUGUGGCCAUGGGUGGUCACAAUCUUGAUUUGAGCCUCGGAAUUUCUGUGCCAGAUUCAAAACCUAAGUACAGUAAUUCAAAACCCAAUUACACCCAUUUCCAUUACAGCACUGAUCGCGAAGUGCCUAAUCAAGAAACGCCAAUGGUGGAGAAUGCUCCUUCAUGGGUACCUAAAGGCAACCAGCCAUGGGCAUCAAAGAACCUUCCAACAAUGUCUGCCAUAUUUCCUGGUUUUCUAUCAACCAGUCAGAACAAUGUUGACGCAGAUUUUCCGAUGAAAACGUCAAGCUUGUUAUGGAAAACGAAUGGCAGCAACAACAACAAUGUUGCUAGAAAUUGAAAAAAGAUCAAUUGCAGCAUCAUCAGGAUUCGCUUUCACUUCAAUUAAUUUAUCAAUCAUUGCCCCUUCAGCAACCGUUUUGUGGAUAACAAUCAAUCAAUUACAUCAAUUUAUUUCAUUUCUCAAUACUCAGAGCUAAACGACAUCGUUUUGUCUCUGUAAAAUUUGGAAUGUUAGCUGAAUCCAAAAAAAAUUAAUAUUCUGUGGGGACCCAUUUUAGAGUGUAGCAUAUCAAAAACAGAUUUGUAGACAUGAUUUGUCUCCAUAACCUCUCCAUGUAAAAGCUUUUGUCAUUUUAUAACUUUUUAAGAAAGGUAGCUUCAUUUGAUGAUGAA